AUGCUGGAUCAACGAGCGAUGCUGAUUUUUUCCCUGGCUCUUUUACAAUCAGUCAAUAGCUGUCAGCCACCGACCACAGUCUUUCAACACGAUCCUCCGCCGAUAGUGACCCCAGCUUCCGCUCAGCUGGCACCACCGGUUCCCCCUCCAUCGCCGCAAAUCUCCUUUCCAAUGGGGAACACGAUAAACGACGACUUAUCGCAUUCUGUACAAUUCGAUCCGAUGACCGUUGGCAGCGGUCAACAGAACGUAAUUCACGGGCCUCCGAUCUCCAUGCAUCGUCAUAUGGAGUUCACGCCUUACCCAGGAUAUAUACCACCUCCUCCAGAGUAUCCAACACUCCAUCAAAAUCCAGAACAAAGCUCCGCUCCAGCAGGAUCAUCGAUUUUCACAGGCAUGAAUGACAUCCGAGAUUCCGUCGGGAACUCACCUCAAGCGGAUCAAACGUAUUAUAUUAUUAUUAUUAUACCCAUAUUAUUAUUAUCAUUAUUAUUAUUAUUAUUAUUAUUAUUAUUAUUAUUAUUAUUAUUAUUAUUAUUAUUAUUAUUAUUAUUAUUAUUAUUAUUAUUAUUAUUAUUAUUAUUAUUAUUAUUAUUAUUAUUAUUAUUAUUAUUAUUAUUAUUAUUAUUAUUAUUAUCAUUAUUAUUAUUAUUAUUAUUAUUAUUAUUAUUAUUAUUAUUAUUAUUAUUAUUAUUAUUAUUAUUAUUAUUAUUAUUAUUAUUAUUAUUAUUAUUAUUAUUAUUAUUAUUAUUAUUAUUAUUAUUAUUAUUAUUAUUAUUAUUAUUAUUAUUAUUAUUAUUAUUAUUAUUAUUAUUAUUAUUAUUAUUAUUAUUAUUAUUAUUAUUAUUAUUAUUAUUAUUAUUAUUAUUAUUAUUAUUAUUAUUAUUAUUAUUAUUAUUAUUAUUAUUAUUAUUAUUAUUAUUAUUAUUAUUAUUAUUAUUAUUAUUAUUAUUAUUAUUAUUAUUAUUAUUAUUAUUAUUAUUAUUAUUAUUAUUAUUAUUAUUAUUAUUAUUAUUAUUAUUAUUAUUAUUAUUAUUAUUAUUAUUAUUAUUAUUAUUAUUAUUAUUAUUAUUAUUAUUAUUAUUAUUAUUAUUAUUAUUAUUAUUAUUAUUAUUAUUAUUAUUAUUAUUAUUAUUAUUAUUAUUAUUAUUAUUAUUAUUAUUAUUAUUAUUAUUAUUAUUAUUAUUAUUAUUAUUAUUAUUAUUAUUAUUAUUAUUAUUAUUAUUAUUAUUAUUAUUAUUAUUAUUAUUAUUAUUAUUAUUAUUAUUAUUAUUAUUAUUAUUAUUAUUAUUAUUAUUAUUAUUAUUAUUAUUAUUAUUAUUAUUAUUAUUAUUAUUAUUAUUAUUAUUAUUAUUAUUAUUAUUAUUAUUAUUAUUAUUAUUAUUAUUAUUAUUAUUAUUAUUAUUAUUAUUAUUAUUAUUAUUAUUAUUAUUAUUAUUAUUAUUAUUAUUAUUAUUAUUAUUAUUAUUAUUAUUAUUAUUAUUAUUAUUAUUAUUAUUAUUAUUAUUAUUAUUAUUAUUAUUAUUAUUAUUAUUAUUAUUAUUAUUAUUAUUAUUAUUAUUAUUAUUAUUAUUAUUAUUAUUAUUAUUAUUAUUAUUAUUAUUAUUAUUAUUAUUAUUAUUAUUAUUAUUAUUAUUAUUAUUAUUAUUAUUAUUAUUAUUAUUAUAA